CCAGACUCUUGGUAGAGUCUAGAAGACCACGACUGAUCCUCAAAGGUAAUGAAUGGAAAAAAUAGCAUGUCGUAAUAAAAUCAAUCUUUUUUGAAUGGAAUCCAAAAUUACGAUUUUCUGGGUCUAAUGAAUAAAUGGAUAGAGCCUGGCUCCAAUUCUGGUAAAAUAAAAAGCAACGAGCUGAACUUCCUAAUUGGAAUGAUUCCCCGCUCUAAUUAGACGUUAAAAAUAGAUUAGUGCCGGAUGCGGGGAAAGGUUGGGUUUUCCUAUGAGUGGACCCUUUAUUUUUUCUUUUUUUUUUUAGAAAUCCUAAUUAUUCUUGAUUAUGGAUUGAAUAAGGGAUGUUAUGGAUUGAAUGUGUAAAAGAAGCAGUAUAUUGAUAAAGAGGCUGUAUUCCAAAGUCAAAAGAGCGAUUGGCCUGCAAAAAUAAAAAACUUGUUCUGUUCUUUUUUUUUAAUUAGAACAAACAUAAACUAAUUGGGUAGAAAAGGAGCAGAAAAAGAUCUGUGGAUUAGACUCCCUUUCUUUCCAGGGUUUGUAUUAAAAAUGCAACACCCUGUUCUGACCAUAUUGCACUAUGUAUCAUCAUUCGAUAAACCGAGAAAUGCUUCUUCUCUCUGAUUCAAGUAGAAAUACAAAUGGAAAAAUUCGAAGGGUAUUCAGAAAAACAUAAAUCUCGUCAACAAUACUUUGUCUACCCACUUCUCUUUCAGGAAUAUAUUUAUGCAUUUGCCCACCAUUAUGGAUUAAAUGGUUCUGAACCUGUGGAAAUAGUUGUUAGUUGUAAUAACAAGAAAUUUAGUUCACUACUUGUGAAACGUUUAAUUAUUCGAAUGUAUCAGCAGAAUUUUUUGGAUAACUCGGUUAAUCAUCCUAACCAAGAUCGAUUAUUGGAUUACAAAAAUUAUUUUUAUUCUGAGUUUUAUUCUCAGAUUCUAUCUGAAGGGUUUGCGAUCGUUGUGGAAAUCCCAUUCUCGCUACGGGAAUUUUUUUGUCUGAAAGAAAAAGAAAUACCAAAGUUUCAGAAUUUACGCUCUAUUCAUUCAAUAUUUCCCUUUUUAGAAGACAAAUUUUUGCAUUUGGAUUAUCUAUCACAUAUAGAAAUACCCUAUCCUAUCCAUUUGGAAAUCCUGGUUCAACUCCUUCAAUACCGUAUCCAAGAUGUUCCAUCUUUGCAUUUAUUGCGAUUCUUUCUCAACUAUUAUUCGAAUUGGAAUAGUUUUAUUACUUCAAUGAAAUCCAUUUUUUUUUUUCAAAAAGAAAAUAAAAGACUAUUUCAAUUCCUAUAUAACUCUUAUGUAUCAGAAUAUGAAUUUUUUUUGUUGUUUCUUCGUAAACAAUCUUCUUGCUUACCAUUAGCAUCUUCUGGAACUUUUCUGGAACGAAUCCACUUUUCUAGGAAGAUGGAACAUUUUGGGAUAAUGUACCCUGGUUUUUCUCGGAAAACCCUAUGGUUCUUUAUGGAUCCUCUUAUGCAUUAUGUUCGAUAUCAAGGAAAGGCAAUUCUUGCAUCAAAAGGCACUUUUUUUUUGAAGAAGAAAUGGAAAUGCUACCUUAUCAAUUUCUGGCAAUAUUAUUUCUGUUUUUGGACUCAGCCGCGAAGAAUCCAUAUAAACCAAUUAGCAAACUCUUGCUUCGAUUUUAUGGGGUACCUUUCAAGUGUACAAAAAAGUUCUUUGUUAGUAAGGAAUCAAAUGCUGGAGAAUUCAUUUCUAAAUAGAUACUCAAUGAAAAAAUUCGAUACCAUAGUCCCCGCUACUCUCCUCAUAGGAUACUUAUCAAAAGCUCAAUUUUGUACUGGAUCGGGGCAUCCUAUUAGUAAACCCAUUUGGACAGAUUUAUCAGAUUGGGAUAUUCUUGAUCGAUUUGGUCGGAUAUGUAGAAAUCUUUUUCAUUUCUAUAGUGGAUCUUCGAAAAAACGGACUUUGUAUCGACUAAA